CGCCGCCGCUGCUGUGAUGAUGGAGAGGCGGUGCGUGUCAGAGCAAGGCGGAUAGAGGCCUAGCAAAGCCCCGCGCUGGAUUUAUAGCCCUGAGCGAGCGACUGAAAACCAACACCGGAUUACCUCACAACAACUCUCCGUAUAAUUCAGUGGACCUGAAGUUAUAAAGCAAGCAGAUCAGAUGAAGGUCUGAACUAUGACGGACAUUUACAUUUACAAGUGGCCCUAACAUCAGACUGAGAGUGAUACAUUCCUGUCAUUGCUCAGUGACUCAGAUGUUGGGUUGUGCUGAACUUCUGAGAAAAAGAGGUUGGCGAUUUUUUUUAUUUUUGUUUUUUCCCCCUGUUGAAGAUUGUGAGGACUACAAAUCAUGCCUCCAAGACCCUCCUCGGGAGAACUAUGGGGCAUCCAUUUGAUGCCCCCCAGAAUACUGGUGGACUGUUUACUGCCCAAUGGCAUGAUCCUGACACUAGAGUGCCUCCGGGAGGCUACACUCAUCACAAUCAAACAUGAACUGUUUAAGGAGGCAAGGAAGUAUCCCCUCCACCAUCUUCUGCAGGAGGAGACCUCCUAUAUUUUCGUCAGCGUUACGCAAGAGGCGGAGCGUGAGGAGUUCUACGAUGAGACGAGAAGACUUUGCGACCUUCGGCUAUUCCAGCCCUUCCUAAAGGUCAUUGAACCUGUAGGAAACAGAGAGGAAAAAAUCCUCAACAGAGAAAUCGGUUUUGCCAUCGGCAUGCCAGUGUGUGAGUUUGAUCUAGUGAAGGAUCCGGAGGUGCAGGACUUCAGGAGAAAUAUACUUAAUGUCUGCAAAGACUCAGUAGAGCUGCGAGAUGCCAGUGGGUCACACAGUCGAGCACUAUACGUUUAUCCUCCUAAUGUGGAGUCUUCACCAGAGCUUCCAAAGCAUAUAUAUGGCAAAUUAGACAAAGGUCAAAUCAUCGUAGUUAUCUGGGUGAUUGUCUCUCCCAACAAUGACAAGCAAAAGUACACGCUUAAGAUCAAUCACGACUGCGUACCUGAGCAGGUGAUCGCCGAAGCCAUCAGGAAGAAAACCAGGAGCAUGCUGCUGUCAGCCGAGCAGCUAAAGAUGUGCGUGCAGGAAUAUCAGGGCAAAUACAUCCUGAAAGUCUGCGGCUGUGACGAGUAUCUUUUAGAAAAGUACCCCAUCAGUCAGUACAAGUAUGUACGGAGUUGCAUUAUGCUGGGUCGGUUGCCAAACCUCAUGCUUAUGUCCAAGGACAGUCUUUACUCUCAGCUGCCUAUGGACAACUUCACCAUGCCCUCCUACGCCCGUCGCAUCUCCACUGCCACGCCUUACAUGAACGGAGAGGCCUCCACCAAAUCCCUCUGGACCAUUAACAGCACUCUAAGGAUACGUGUCCUCUGCGCCACAUAUGUUAAUGUGAAUAUUCGGGACAUUGACAAGAUUUAUGUGCGGACAGGGAUCUACCAUGGUGGAGAACAGUUGUGUGAUAAUGUCAACACACAGCGCGUCCCCUGUUCAAAUCCAAGGUGGAACGAGUGGCUGACUUAUGACAUGUACAUUCCUGACAUCCCCCGGGCGGCUCGUCUCUGUCUCUCCAUCUGCUCUGUGAAAGGAAGGAAGGGGGCAAAGGAGGAGCAUUGUCCACUGGCCUGGGGAAACGUCAACCUGUUCGACUACACACACACACUGGUCUCAGGAAAGAUGGCACUGAAUCUGUGGCCAGUACCACACGGCCUAGAAGACCUCCUCAACCCCAUUGGGGUCACGGGCUCCAACCCUAACAAGGAAACCCCAUGUCUAGAGUUGGAGUUUGACUAUUUCAGCUCGCCCGUUAAGUUUCCUGACAUGGCCACGAUUGAGGAUCACGCUAACUGGAUAAUAUCCAGGGAGAUGGGAUACAAUUACUGCCAGUCUGGACAGAGCAGCAGACUGGCACGAGACCACGCCAUGACGGAGGCAGAUAUAGAGCAACUUCGCCAGCUGGGCAACAGGGACCCGCUUUCUGAGAUCACUGAGCAGGAAAAAGACUUCUUAUGGAGGCACAGGCAGUAUUGUGUAAAUAUACCAGAAAUCCUGCCCAAGAUUCUGCUGGCGGUGAAGUGGAAUUCCAGAGAUGAAGUUGCACAGAUGUAUUGCCUUCUUAAAGACUGGCCCGCAAUAAAGCCGGAACAAGCCAUGGAGUUGCUUGACUGUAACUAUCCUGAUCCAAUGAUCCGAGACUUCGCAGUUCGAUGCCUUGAGAAGUAUCUGACUGAUGACAAACUCUCACAGUACCUCAUUCAGUUGGUUCAGGUUCUGAAGUAUGAGCAGUAUCUUGAUAACCCACUGGUACGAUUUCUGCUGAAAAAAGCUCUUACCAACCAGAGGAUUGGGCACUUCUUCUUUUGGCAUUUGAAGUCAGAGAUGCACAAUAAAACCGUGAGUCAGCGGUUUGGUCUGCUGCUGGAGUCGUACUGUCGGGCUUGUGGCAUGUACCUGAAGCACCUGAGCAGACAGGUGGAAGCCAUGGAGAAGCUCAUCAACCUCACAGACAUUCUCAAACAGGAGAAGAAGGAUGAAACUCAGAAGGUGCAAAUGAAGUUCCUGGUGGAGCAGAUGAGGCGACCGGACUACAUGGAUGCCCUCCAAAAUUUCACCUCUCCACUCAACCCCGCCCACCAGCUGGGUAACCUACGACUUGAAGACUGCAGAAUCAUGUCCUCUGCCAAGAGGCCUCUCUGGCUGAACUGGGAAAAUCCUGACAUCAUGUCCGAACUUCUGUUCCAAAACAAUGAGAUCAUCUUCAAGAACGGGGAUGAUUUGAGACAAGACAUGUUGACACUUCAGAUCAUCAGGAUAAUGGAGAACAUUUGGCAGAAUCAGGGGCUGGACCUGAGAAUGCUCCCUUAUGGCUGCUUGUCUAUUGGAGAUUGCGUGGGUCUCAUAGAGGUGGUGAGAAGUUCUCACACCAUCAUGCAGAUUCAGUGUAAAGGAGGUUUGAAAGGGGCGCUGCAGUUUAACAGUUCAACGCUGCAUCAGUGGCUAAAGGACAAAAACAAGGGCGAGAUGUAUGACAUGGCCAUCGACUUGUUUACACGAUCCUGCGCUGGCUAUUGUGUGGCUACUUUUAUUCUGGGCAUUGGUGACAGACACAACAGUAACAUCAUGGUGAAGGACGACGGGCAGCUGUUUCAUAUAGAUUUUGGUCACUUUUUGGACCACAAGAAGAAGAAGUUUGGCUACAAGCGAGAGCGAGUUCCGUUCGUCUUAACUCAAGACUUCCUAAUUGUGAUCAGCAAAGGAGGAACCCAAGAGUGCACUAAAACCAGAGAGUUUGAGAGGUUCCAGGAGAUGUGUUACAAGGCUUACUUGGCCAUCAGACAGCACGCCAACCUUUUCAUAAACCUCUUUUCCAUGAUGCUGGGCUCAGGCAUGCCAGAGCUGCAGUCCUUUGAUGACAUCGCUUACAUCCGCAAGACCCUGGCGCUGGACAAAACCGAGCAGGAGGCCCUGGACUAUUUCAUGAAGCAGAUGAAUGACGCUCACCAUGGUGGAUGGACCACCAAGAUGGACUGGAUCUUCCACACCAUCCGACACCAUGCCCAGAACUGAGCCGAUGCCCACUGGCAGAACUCGGGGCCCGAUAACAGGCAGAAACGAGACCCUUUUUGUAGGACGCACUGCCUGCUUUAUGCCAUGGAGUAUCAUGGCACCCAAACCUCAUGUACAAAUGACCUUCAGAGCACUAAAACAACCUGGAAGGACAUCUUUUAUUUGUCCUCUUCUUGUUUAUUCCCCCCCCCCCCCCCCCCCCCAUCCCAAAUGAGGCAUCUCUUGCCCACCAUUGUCCAGUGUGGUUUUACAUUAUAGCUGUAGUUUUUUUUUCUCUCCCCCUUGUGCUGCUCUUUUCCUGGAGAGUCAAUACUACUUAUUAUUAUUAUUAAUAUAUAUAUUAUUUUUUUCUACAGAAAACAAACCUUCAAGAAAAAUCAUGUUCUGCACUCUUCAGGAGCUUUUGUGGGGAUGUUCAUGUCUUCCUGUUUAAAACUACAAAUGCCUUCUAAUAUGCACGGAACCUCUGAGAACACUCUAAAAAAAACAGGGUAUGAAACUUUCUGGUCUGCUACCUGGCCUUUCCUCUCUAAACCAACACUAACUCCUCCCGAAAGGCAGUCGACGAGUAGCAGUACGAAUCUGAUGGUGCUGAUUUCCGAAUUGCGCUCUUGUCCUUUGAGUUCAGUUGGCCGCGCUGGCCUUUACUAUAGAUGGAUAAUAACAUUUUUGUUCUCCUUUUUCUUCCUUAUAUGCACAGCGAGCUAAAAUGAUAGCCUGUAUACCUUAUUAUGCACUGGACAUGAAUAUUUUUAUUUCGUUUUUAUUACGAACUCAUAUUUUGGCCUCACAGUAGCACUACACGAGUACAGACUUUUCAGAGACAUUGGGAAAAACGACAUGUUUUGUGUUCUCAAUAUGCACAUAACGCACUAUAAAUAACAGUUCAGAUCCUCCAUGGAAGGAAGUAUUCAUUUUUAGGACUAUGAUAUGGGUUUUUUUGAUGGCCAGUACUGACGGCGAUAUGUAAGCAAAUCAAUGCGGAUGCAUUAUUUCCCUAAUUUUACACAAAAUUUACUCCGAAUAUUGUUAUUUUCCAUAAACAAGGCUGUCGGUCAACACUGAUGCUUUUAAAAUGGCCAAAUAUUAGCAAACUAAUCAGCCUGGCUGAUAUAUUACCAAUCAGGACAUACAUUUUCAUUUUUACUCACAGAUCAAUGUUGUGUUUCCAGUUCCAGUGCGCGAAACAUCACAGGAAUCCAGGUUAUCGGCUCUCUGUGUUUUCUUGGCUGUCCUGUACGAUUGAGCAGCGCAGAGUAACGAUUGUCCUACUAGAUGCCCUGGCAGCGUGCAGAUAUGAAGCCUUAAUACACUCACUUAAUAUGAAUGGAUAUUCAUCUCCUCCAUGUGCCCUUGCAUGCCACAGGAAAGCGAACGCUUGUUGGUGCUUUGACGCUAAGCAGUUACGAAAGAACAAAAAAGCUUUUUAUCAACUCUGGUUGAGUCGCCGUAUCUCUGGGUACUUUAUUCCACUACACUAAAGCUGGCAAGACCUUUUCUGUUAGCCUGAAACUUUAUUUAUUUAAUUUUUACAGAUACAGGUUGUAGUCUGUGCAAGAAGCAUUAAGAAAGAUGGUGCUAUGUAGUUAGUUACACAUCAUAUUGAAAGAAUCUAUGGACGAAAUGGAUGUUUUUUUAGACGGUAAAAUGGCUUUUAGAUGCUUCAAGUGGAUAACGCUGGUAAAAUAUUGUUUACCGAUGACACUACAGUACAGUAGGUUAUAACUACAAAUACAUUUCUAUACAUACAUGCAUAUGUACGUGUGUAUAUAAACGCACUCUGUUCCCCCUCGUUGUCUUCUUUUUCGUUACUGCAGACAAUGUACAGUGAAUGUUUCAUGGUGCAGGAUGUCUCCUAUGUGACAUUACAGGGCUGAGAAGAGGGAAAAAAAAGGUAGUUAUCUUUAGUUAAUUAACUAAUGAGCGCCUCUUGAGUCGGGUUAAGUGCCUUGCUUGGGGCCGUAAUGGCAGUGUUACGUUUGAGCUGCUCCCUUCGCCUGUUGAUUUACCAACGCUUUCGCUUUGGCGUCUUGAACCUCUAAACUACGGAUCGAAACGUGAGAUAUUCCAGAACAGGUCGUAUACAAACCCAUUUGACUCGCCCUCACGUCGUUCCAAACCUGUGUGACUUUCUUUCUUCCGAGGAACACAAAAGAAGAUAUUUUGAAGAAUGUCCAAACAUUGGACCCCAUAUGGCAUUUUAUUGCAUAGACAAAGAAAAACAGAUGUUUUUGAGAAUAUAUUUAUAAGAAGUUUUGGAACGACAUGAGUGUGAUUAUAAGGGAGUUUUCUUUUUAGGGUGAACUAUUCUUUUAAGAUUCGUGUUUUUGCUUUCUGUCCCUCCUCGGCUCUUGUCAGUUAAUUCAAGCCCCUGUCGUGUUUCUGCAUUACUUUAAAGCUGUGAAAAUGUACUAUUACAAAUGAGGUGUAAUCGUGCUAUUUAAAUGGAUAAAUGGCUACUAUGCAGGAAACCCCUGAGUACUAUUUUCCUCUCACACUGUUUUAUGUAUGAUGUAUUUUCCUCAAAAGGAAAGUCGACGAAAGUACUUUCACAACCACCUGAGAUGUAAACGAUCAGAUGAAGAUCUGAUCGCUCGACGUAGGAUCAACUGAAGGAAGUGACACGUGCGCAUUUCCACGUUACAGUCUGAUGAGGUUCUUUGCGAAGCUGAAAUUCAGCUUAAAUACUGGGCAACAUUUAACAAUGCAAAUUGUAAUGAUAGACAGUUCGUUUUUUUUCUACUGUUUUUAAGUUUAAAAGGGUGUCCUGAGUACUUACUAUUGUAGUAUUCCACACUUAUGCAUUCAUUUGCUAUACAUUUUUUUUGUAAACGUUGUUGUAACUCUUAUAUGCAGUAAACAAAUGAACAGAUGUACACUUGGCGUCAGACUGAUGUAUGCAGGUGGUUCUUGCACUUUGUAUUCCUCCGUUCUUUGUUCUUUCUCUCUUUGCCUUCGGUCCUUACUGGGACGCUUUAGUCUCCUGCAUGUGUUUUUAACCCUACCUGCUCAUUUACUGCCUGAAACUGAGAUCAGCUACAUUAAAGCUUAGUUAUGGUAAGCAGCCUUAUGUUAGCUCUCUUAAAGCCAUUUAUUGCAUGGUUCUAUUCACUAUGUGUGUUUUUGUCUGUACAGGUUACAGAUCUUCUUGGGCCGGACCCGCUAAAAAGCCCAUUUGCAAAUGUCUAAUGUGAUCAGUUGCUUUCUAAUUUACCUAACUUAAAUUUUUUUUUUUUUUCAUUUUAAUGACUUGCUAACAAACUAUUGAGAUGCAGAAAUUCUGGACUCUUUUGUAUGACAAAUGAAAAUGAGGAAAAAAAAAAAAAGGAGUUAAAUUACAAAAUGUUUAAUAAGUUUCAGUUGUUGUACUUGAAAAUCAUCGCUCAGAACCGUCUUUGUGUGUCGACAACAAAGCCGUCAAUGUUGCAUAGCACUGAAGGUUUACUUGCAUAGGCAAUUUCAUACCGAUUGUGAAUGUUUCAGUGGUUUGGUCUGGAGUCUCUUUACUGUUAGAAACUCUACUACACCAAUAAAAAGAGAGGAAAAAUUACUAUUUAAAUUCAAAGGAAAAUAAAAAGUAAGUUUGUGUGCUAUUAUGUUAAGUUUGUCAGAUGGAGGAUAUCGAAAAUUCUAUUUAAUGGAAGGUCAAAGCAUUUUUUAUUUUUUAUUUUUUACUUUAAAGAAUGCUUUGGUUACAUUUUCUUUCGGUAUUGCUGUUGCAUUUUACUUAUUUACGUGUUGAAUUCUGAUGUCAUAAAGAUAUAAUUUUCUUUACUAUCAUCAUUAUUAUGAAAUUAUAUAUAGCGGGCCAAAUACUUUCUUUACCUCCUUACUUCCUUGCAUGGAAUUAAAAAAAAAAAAAGUAAAAAAGAAAAAAAAAAUGGAAAAAAGAUAAAAGCUGAAAAAUUUGCCCUAGUAUUUUUGAUUAUUUGUAGAUGUAAGGGAUUUUUGGCCUACGACUGCACUCGGUAGAAACCAUCUAUAAACUGCCAUCAGUUACAAAGCCUCAUCUUCAUUUCUAUUCAGUUUCAUUGUGCACCUCAGUUCAAAAGUAGCUUUGUAUCCAGUCUGUCUUCAAUAUUUUGAGUGUUAUGUGACUAUGUACAAAUAAACGUAUUUCAAGAA